GCGGCGAAAAGUGUAGUGUUGUGGUUGUUAUAGGAGAUAAUACUUCUAAGGCGAAAAGGGUCUCUGGUCAAUAUUUCUGCAAGGUGUUAAUGUUGAACUUGGGAAGCCAUGAGUAGCAGAAGGAAGAGAGCACCUCCUGUGAGGGUAGACGAGGAGGCCAAGAAGAAGCUCAGCUGGAGCAUGCAUGAGGACCUAAGGAAGGAAGAUGUGAUUAUAGAGGAUGUCGGUAUUCCACACACAGGUUGCUCGAUUACUCCUCCUACCGCUGUUGGUGAAGAGUAUUUAGAGGAAGGCUGCAGUGCUGUGGGCCAGAGAUUCCCUGGCUCAGACAGGCUAUGUGCACCAGGAGAAGAGCCCACAUGCUCUUCAUCAGAUAUUCCCACUCCUUUAACACUAAAAGUCCUGCCUUCUUCUGAUUUGGACCCAUUCUGGAAGGCUCUGAUUGGAGAGUUUAGCCUUCACUCAAAGCAGUUUUCCUUCAAUAUUCAGAGCAGGACUUUCACUCUUCAGAGGAGCAAUGGCCAGCUGGGUGUGUCUCUCCUGAAGGAGGGUGAAAGUGAGGGCCCAGAGGAGCCUGGCUGCAGCAGUGAGCAGGCAUGCCCAGUCGAGUGCUCUCUAAGUGGGGCUCUGCUGGAAGACUUGGCGUGGCUGCAGAAGAGAAGAGUUAUUCAGCUCUGCCAAAUGCAGACAGACGUCUUUGAUUGUGUGAAGUUGGGCGUAUUCAUCUUGGAAGCUGGACUAGGAAAGCCAGAGUUCCUGAGUGAAGGAAAUGGCCGAAUAAGAAAAGCAAACCAGCUGAUCCAGAAGCUGAUGGAGCUCUUCUAUGACUUCAUAAUUCCAGAGUGGGGUGGGAAUGAAGAAGAGGAUCCUGACACUGAUCUUGAGCGCCAGAAUAUUGAAGAACUUUAUGAUCAUGUCAGACACUUCGACCUGAAUGAAGGCCAUGUUAUGAGAGAUGACAUUCAGCAUCCAGCACUGAUCCCUGUACUAAGACCUUACCAGUGCCAAGCUGUCAACUGGAUGCUGAAAAGAGAGAAAUAUAAACUUGAUGUGUUACAAGAAAAGUCUAUACAUUUCUUAUGGCGAGAUGUAGUGACGAUUUGUGGGAAGACACUGUACUAUAACCCCUACACAGGCUGCCUGAUCCGCGAGUUCCCGAUUGCUGGUGAUGACUGGCCUGGUGGAAUCCUGGCUGAUGAGAUGGGCCUGGGGAAGACAGUGGAGGUCCUGGCUCUCAUUCUGUGCCACACGCGCGAGGGCUUGAGCCAGCACGGUCUUCUACUGCCCGAGGGAAGAUCUGUAAAUUAUUUCGUCCCUCCUCCUCCAAUAGACAGAAAGAAAAAAGAGUGUGAUAUUAAACCCAAAGAAAAGGUCUCCUAUCCAACUCUGCGGGAGAUGCUUCUCACUGCCAUCAAGGAGAUGAAGGUUGGAAAAGGGGCCUCGGUCAAUGCUAUUUUCACUUAUAUCCGAGCUACAUAUCAGUAUGACCUGCAGAGAAACCGCCGUCUCAUCAAGAAGACCCUGACCAAGCUGAUUGGGGAGGAAGUGGUGGAGCAGGUGAAAGGCAGAGGGCUAGCAGGGUCCUUCAGGCUUGGGAAAAACUACAAAGAAGCCAAACGGAGCAAAGGGGCUGCAAAGCCUAAUUCUGACCUUUCCCUAAGUAGCCCUGGCAGUCGCCCUCGCAGAACUCGGAAGUCUUCAAGUGAGGUGAGCUCAGAAAACAUGGAGACACCUCUUCAUGGGGAUGCCUUGGAAAUCAACCCCCCUGUAAGCGCCUCACUGGAGGAGCACAACUACUGUGGUCUAAACAAAGAGGGGGCUGUUGAACCCAGCCCCUCAGAAGAUGUGCCUGAAUGCAAAACCCAGCUUAUACAGUCUGUCAACAGACAUGAAAGCCCUGUCACAGAUGAUGAAGAGGCCCGGAAUGGCUGUCUGCAGAACAUGACACAUGAAAAAUGUGACUCCACAGUAAAGAAAGAAAGCAGCUCAGACUGCGUACAAUCAGAUUCUCUAUGUGGCUCCAAAGCACCUUUUCCUGUUGUAUCCUCCACAGUUCUUCCCUUUAACACAUCCAAUUAUCGCUUUGAGUGCAUCUGCGGGGAGCUGGGCCUGAUUGACUACAAGGCCCGAGUGCAAUGUCUGAACUGUUUUCUGUGGCAGCAUGCAGAGUGUGUCAACUACAAGGAAGCGAACCUGGGCACAACCCCUUUCUACUGCCCUCACUGCCUGGUUGCUAUGACACCAGUGCCCACAGGGGCAACAUUAAUCAUCUCACCUAGCUCUAUCUGCCACCAGUGGGUUGAUGAGAUUAACCGCCAUGUGAGGUCAUCUUCUCUGAGAGUCCUGGUUUACCAAGGAGUAAAGAAACAUGGUUUCAUUCAACCUCACGUACUGGCUGAGCAAGAUGUGGUCAUCACCACUUAUGAUGUCCUGCGCACUGAGCUCAAUUACGUCGACAUUCCUCACAGCAACAGCGAAGACGGCCGCCGUUUCCGUAACCAGAAGCGCUACAUGGCUGUUCCCAGCCCCCUGGUGGCUGUGGAGUGGUGGAGGGUCUGCCUGGAUGAAGCUCAGAUGGUGGAGUGCACCACUGCCAAGGCAGCAGAAAUGGCUCUGAGGCUGAGUUCCAUCAACCGCUGGUGCGUUAGUGGUACUCCUGUACAGAGAGGCCUAGAAGAUCUGUACGGCUUAGUGCUGUUCCUGGGAGUUGACCCAUACUGGGUGAAGCACUGGUGGGACCUUCUCCUUUACCGCCCAUAUCGCCGUGGAAACUCUGAGCCACUGUACAACCUGAUUGGUAGGCUCAUGUGGAGAUCUGCCAAGAAAGAUGUCAUUGAUCAGAUCCAGAUUCCUCCUCAAACAGAAGAGAUCCACUGGCUUCACUUCUCCCCAGUAGAAGGCCAUUUCUACCAUCGCCAACAUGAGGUUUGCUCUCAGGAUGCUCUACUGAAGCUACAGAAGAUUUCAGACUGGAGCCUAAAGCUAAGCAGUCUGGACAGGAGGACAGUCAACUCCAUCCUUUACCCCCUGUUGAGGCUUCGUCAGGCUUGCUGCCACCCCCAGGCUGUACGGGGAGAGUUCCUGCCCUUUCAGAAGAGCACUAUGACGAUGGAGGAGCUGCUGAAGUCCCUGCAGAAGAAGUGCAGAGUGGAGUGUGAGGAGGCCCAUCGCCAGCUGGUGUGUGCUUUAAAUGGGCUGGCAGGAAUUCAUAUCAUAAGAGGAGAAUUUGUGUGUGCUACAGAGCUGUACAGAGAGGUUUUAAGGUCUUCAGAGGAGCACAAAGACAAACUUAAAACUGAUUCUCUUCAGAGAUUGCAUGCUACACACAACUUAAUGGAACUGCUGAAUGCAAAGCACCCUGGUAUCCCCCCAACUCUUCGAGAUGAUCGCCUGAAAGAGGAGGCAGAACAUCUACGACAGCACUACAUGACCAAGUCCAACUCUGAGGUAGCUGACGCCCAUCAGGCCCUACAGCCCAUCGUUCAGAACAUCAGAGAGCUCAAACGCAAGAUUCCUCCAGGAUCACCAUGGUGGCUGGAUGUGAUUCAGAGAGCUAUACAGUGUGCAAUCAAUGACGACCUGGUUCUCCGCAUUCAGAAUGAACUGACCUCCAAUUACAAACAGCAGGCUGCCAAACUCUCCAUGGCUGAUAAGUUCAGCGAUUGCAGAGGGCUGCAAUUCCUGUUGAGCUCGCAGAUGGAUGAUCUCAUGAAGUCCCAAAGGGCCGUGCGAGAAAGUGUUAAGAAACUUGAGGGUCCACCCUCACAGGAAGUAAUCGAGGAAGCCACCAUCUGUCACCUGAGACCUGUCCGACUUCCCCUCAACAAUUGUGUGUUUUGCAGAGCUGAUGAACUUUUCACUGACUAUGAAUCCAAACUCUUCUCUCACACUGUCAAGGGACAAACCGCCAUCUUCGAGGAGAUGAUUGAAGACGAGGAAGGCCUGGUGGAUGACCGGUUGCCAACUACCAGCCGUGGGCUGUGGGCGGCCAGUGAGAUGGAGCGUACCCUGAAGGCCAUUCUCUCCUUUGCCAAAGCUCGCCGUAUGGACGCCAGCCUCCUUGAAGAAGGGACCACUUUUCUGGAGAUGUUUGAAUGCUGGAAGAAAGAAUACAAAUUGCUGCACGAGUACUGGAUGGUGCUAAGGGAUCAUGUCUCGGCCAUUGACGAGCUGGGGAUGGCAACGGAGCGCCUGCGUGUGCGACAUCCUGAUGAGCCCAAGCCCAAAGUGCUCCACAUCAUUGAGCCUCACGAGGUGGAACAAAAUAGAGUGAAACUAUUAAAUGACAGGGCUGUUGCAAAAUCCCAGUUGCAAAAGAAACUUGGGCAGCUGUUAUACCUUACAAAUCUUGAAAAGUCACAGGAUAAAUCCACUGGGGGCCUGAAUCCAGAGCCUUGUCCGAUCUGUGCUCGACCACUCGGACAGCAAUGGGCAGUUUUGACUUGUGGCCACUGCUUUUGCAACGAGUGUAUUGCCAUCAUUGUGGAGCAGUACAGUGUUGGGACCCGCAGGAAAGCUAUCAAGUGUGCUAUCUGCAGACAGACCACCUCCCACACCGAGAUCUCCUAUGUGUUCACCGCUGAGACUGCCAAUCAAGGACAGGAGAUCCCUGUCAAGGGUAGCCAUUCCACAAAGGUAGAAGCUGUAGUGAGAGCCUUAAAGAAGAUCCAGAUGACAGACCCCGGGGCCAAAUCGCUAGUCUUCUCCAUGUGGCAAGGUGUACUGGACAUCAUUGCACAGGCCCUGUAUGACAACAAUAUGGAGUUUUCUCAGAUCAAUGGGAUUCAUAAAUUUCAAGAGAACCUUUCGUCCUUCAAAUAUGAGGAAAAAAUCAACAUAUUGCUGCUUCCUUUGCAUACUGGUUCUAACGGGCUGAACAUAAUUGAGGCCACCCAUGUACUUCUUGUAGAGCCCAUCCUCAACCCUGCUCAUGAGCUGCAGGCCAUAGGCAGAGUUCACCGCAUUGGACAGACAAGACCCACUUUUGUUCACAGGUUCCUCAUAAAAUCGACAAUAGAGGAGAGAAUGCAGGCCAUGCUGAAAACUGCAGAAAGAAGCCAUGGCACUACGUCUUUGAAGCACUCUGAGGCAUCUGUUCUGACUGUGGCAGACUUGGCUGAUCUUUUUACAGAGGACACUGAAGCUUUGGAGUGAUACCUCAGAUUUUUCUAUUGCUUUAUUUUGAAAGGGACUGAAUGCUCCUUAGGUCAGGGUGACUGUGUAUUUCUCCAGUCUUCAUGGUGCAGUGACCUGUAUUUUUAUAUAUCGCAAACAGAUUUUUUUGUAUUUGUUGGAAAUGCCACAAAACCUUUGUGCACGUGGAAGCCUUUCAAGUCUUUCACUUGAAACCUCGUAAACUAUAAGGUACCACACAAGUGGCAUUCUUCUGAUACCCCUAGCAUCCAAUGAAGAUUAUCCUUCUUCACAAAUCUAUCAAAUUUUCUUUGGGUGCUUUUUUAACCUUUUUUCACAUUGGUAAAAUUAAAUAUAUGAAUGAGACAGAAUGAAGGGCUAAUUGAACAUAUAUUUUUAGAAUAGGUUAUGUGAACACACUGUCACAGUUUUAACUAAUAAAAUUUUAGCUAGCGAUACGUCUUUCAACAAGAAUAAUUAGCAAAAGAAUGUCAUCAAGUGCUAUCUAAUUGUAUUUCGGCCUCCACCAAGCCUUGUGCCUGAAGAUUAAUAGUAAUAGAGUCAUUGUGAAGGAUGAGUUGAAGAUUGUGACAGUUAUAUCUGAAAACACAGUUAUUUACACCCAAAAGCUCUCUAUCACAGGACACUUCCAAAAUGUAUAGAUGAGUACUGGUACUCAAGUAAAUGUGUGACAGAGGUGGUCAGGGGUUAUCUUCAUCUGAAAUUGCCGGUAUGCAUAACUGCAUAAAUUAAAAAUGCUACAUAAAUCAAUCCAUUUUAAACUAGCACAAACAAAUUUGAAGUACUUUUCUCUAUCAAAUAGAAAGUUACCUGAGAGUGAAUUGAUUUUAGAGGAGAGAAGCAAGUUGUAUAGAGAAGAGACUUGACCCUUUUCGGUGACUAUUGAAGCAGUUAGAUCAGCUGUUGGAUAAGAAAGAUAAACACUGUUCAGUGGCAAGCUGCAGAUGCAUAGGGCUGAAUUGAGUCUGAGAUGCAUAAAAUUGGAAAAUCCAGGAACUGAGUAAAUGUAGUCCUGAGGUGGUCGCAUGUCGUUGACCGAAUAUGUCACCACAGGUAUGGAUAAGUCUGUACCAGAAAUGCCCAGAGGGGCCAUCUGUACAUGAAAUCCUCACACCCUUAACUCAUAACACAAUUUUAUUACCCUUUCUUUCACACAGCACACAAAUAUCUCACACUGCACAGACCCUGACAUAAGUUACAGUUUUAAUUUUUUCUUUAAUAGCCACAUGCUUACCUUUACUGCUGGGCAGCAUUUCCAGCCUGCUGCCACCAUUCAGUCACGUACCAUUUUUUUCACACACUGCUUCUUUAACUGACUCACAUUUUUUUUAAUUCACCUGGCCAUGACAAAGCAGGAGAGAAGACAUGCUGCAGUCUGAAACCCCAUUUCUGAUGGGAAGUUCCAGCUGCCUUCCUGUUCAUUGUUCAUUCAUGCUAGCAACCCUUCCCAGGUGUCCGUCACUGACAGCUCUCAGCCAUCCAGGGAACACCCCCUCUCCUGUUUUAACCAGCACACAGCUAAAAGUCUACUAUCACCGGUCUCUCUCUAAGAGCCCUGGCGGAUGGCAGUGACUCCAUUCCAGGUGCAUUUCUUCUGCCUCUAUGGAACUUCACAGGCUACCACCACCACUGCGCCUACACACUGAGACACCUGUCUUUCGCCCUCAAUUAUACAACCCUUACAUUGCAGACACUGUGCUGCUUCACCUUGCAGUCCAGUCUCUGGUGAACACAGACACACAAAACCCAUCCUUGUAGUUUGCUGUCACAUUCUCUUACACCCGGCCAGUCUACUGUACAUACACCACUCGUGCACCAGCCCACAUCUCUCUCACACUCGAGCAGCCUGCAUCACGCGCAUAUUCACAACAGGUUUGAGAGAGUUCUCCACCGACAUGUUUUUCUGCUUUAAGGAAAGCAGUUUUAUUUUCCUCUUGCUCUCCGAAAGACUCCCAGCAAUCUCUACAGAGAAGUCAGACAGACUGUUUAUAUAUGAUUGCUCGCAGGUGCAGAUCAUACCAUCAGUUCCCUGCAGCUGUGGCUUCAUAAACAGACACUAACAGCCUGUCACAAUGUCUUGUAUACCAGAGUAGAUAGGUGAAUGCCUGAUGGCCUCACCGCAAGAUGUAGCUUCCUAAACAGGUGAAAUUUAGAGGUCUACCAAGAAAGCAGUUGGCUUUGUUGUAGUUGUCCAGUGGGUUUGUCUUUCUUCAAAUGGGACCAGUCAUUACAGUGUUACCUUUGGGAGCAGAAAAUACAAGAUGUGAAGAUUAAACAAUAAUAGAUUAAACUUCCUCAAUUGAUUUCGAAAAAGUUGAUGCCCUUAAGUCCCACUAUGUCUUAAAGCUCUUCAUCUGAAUGGUGACUCCGGAACUUAGGUACAGCCAGGUCACCAGAAACUUUGGAGUGCUCACAGAUUGUGAACCUGACCCUUGACAACACAUUAAACUAGUUUUAACUUCGUUUUAGGCUUUUUGUGAAAGUGAAUUGGAGAUCAUGGAAAAUAAGAAAAUAAUGAGAGGAAAGAUGCACUUUUUUAUGUUGGAUGAAUUAUGAAGCAGGACAUUGUACGAGAUUAUCUUUAAGAAUUUCCUGAAAUAAUUGAAUACAGUAAGUAAAACCUGAGAACUGCAAUUGACAAGAAAUAUGACUUGGAAAAUAACAGGAUUGAUUUUGACCAACUGUUUUUAUGUUUUAUAUCUGUAGGGUCUACUGAAGUUAUUACAUAGUUUUUAGUCUUGGGGGACUUAAUGAAAAAUGUCAGAGAAAAACUGUAUUAUUUUGUGAAAUGUGAAAUUUUUAAAACUCUGUAUGUCAAUGGGAGUUAUGUUAAUAUUUAACCAGCAGUUCUAAUGACAGAACAACCAGUAAUGAUGAAUACCUAUGUCCACUCUGAAUUGAAGGGAUAACACUGUUCUUGUCUGCAUACAGAGGUUGGACUGUUGCAUUGUCAAAACCAAAGUGUUUAACAACAGCUCAUGUAGCUAGUUCCAUUACAGAUGAUGGACCAUCUUCUGUUCAUUUAUUGAAAUGCUGACUGUGGGAGCUCCAGUGCUAACUCCAGUACUAAAUCACCAUCUUGGUCAUGAACCACCUGAAGUCCCCUUAGGAUCUUUUUUCUGGUAGAUAAGGAUUGGUGGACAUUCAGGCUGAAUUAUCUCCAGGGAAGGAGAUAAGGUGGUUUGAACUUCCAGCACAGGCCAAUAUUAAAAAAAAAACAUUUUAAACAAUCAAAUAGUUUGGUUGUGAUUUUAAACAAAACCAUCUCCGCUGUUGUCUGCCAUUUAGGAGAUGUUAGGUGAAACAUUAUCUUGCAUAGUUUUCAUCUGAUAUCAGGACAUACAGGUUGAAGUUGGAAGAAACAGGUUUCCAUUACCAAAAAGACACUUUUUGCUUGAAACAGAACUUUAUAGUCAUCAGUCACAUGUUCUCUCUUACUUCCUGGUUUCACCCAAGGAUACAAAGCUUUUCCUUGUUUAAGAGUGGAAUUUGAUUUCUGUGACAUUCUGUUAGAUUAAGAAAUUUAGUCCAAAGAUGAUUAAAUGGAAGCUUGAUAUGAGCUUAACACUAUAGUGCAAUUACCUGGAAAUGUAAGACUUGUCUAUUUAUGCUAUAAACCAUUUUUUACUGGUUAAUUACUCUUAGGAGCAUUGGAAGUAAUUAUGUAAAUCCUAGAUUAAUAAAUUCAAAUAAGAGUUUACAUACUUGGUUUUUAUUACACAAUUCAUAGUAGCAAUGAGAGUUUUGUACUUGGGUUAUUAUUAUUGUGAGUUAUUGGGUUAUUGUGUUAUUUUUUAAAGCAACUGUUAUUACAGUGCUGUUUAGCUCGAUGCUUUUUAUAAACCCAAGUUUAUCACACAGUAGUCAUUAUCCUGUUUCUCUUCUUCAUAUUUAAUGAAUGUCCCUCUGCUAAAUAAAUAAGAGGAUAGGGUUGUGGAAACACUGGGACAACAUUGUCUAUAAAGCAUAAGCUACCCACCUGGCUGACCUCUUGAAGAGUUUUUUAAUUGCAAUUAUUUUCUGCAUCCUAAAGAGGUAUUACUCUUUUUUUUUCUUAAUCACAUUCAGAUUGCAUUCCGGGCUAAUGUGAGUGUGUUUAUCAAAGUUGAACAGCAGCUAAUGUAUUAGGAAGAAUUGCACUAUAAGGACCUGAAUACCCAGUGGUCAACAAUGCCUUUCUUUCAGCAUUUGUUUUUAAUAUAAGAGACAACACUUUCAAGUAACAGAAAUAUUCCAUCACAAUAUUCCAGCUAAAGUAGAUUUGUACAUUUAUGUAAUUUGUAUUUUCUUUGUGCAAUUAGAGUUGUUCUAAUGUAAAAUGAUUUGUAUUUGUUCUGUUCUUUUCACAAUAAUGUUGCUGGUCAGUGAACCUUUAUGUUAGAAGCAGGUUGUUAUAAAACUUUCUGCAAAUAAAACUUGUGCUGUCUGAAGAAAUUAAAUUUUUAUCUUUUUGCUU